AGCAAAGCCAAAGUUAUUGUGGAAUCAGGUUUAUACGUUCUUAUUGUGUUGUUUGUGUUUGUUGGAAACUGUCUAACGAUCUUGGUUAUGAUGUUAAACCGACGGAUGAGAACAAUUCCAAACAUGUUCGUAGCGUCACUCGCCGUUUCAGGCUUAUUAAUUGGACUUUAUAUAGGUCCUUUAGCCAUUGCAGCAUUAGUGACUUCCCUUUGUCCAUUUAAAGACACGACCCGCAAAUUUCAAGGUUCAUUAGCCUUUACGUUGUGUUUCGCUUCGAUUCACACAUUGGUCUUGAUGGCAGUGAACAGGUAUUAUAGAAUCGUCAAACCCACAAAGUACCGACGCUACUUCACGAAGAAAAAAACCCUUAUCAUGAUUCUUGUGUCGUGGUUUUAUUCUGUUUGUGCUCCAUUAAUUUACGUGCUAAGUGAGAGCAAAAUGGCAUUGUUUCAUCCUUCAAAGUUCUUAUGUUUUAUUCGGCUCCAAAACACUGUAUUUUUGGCCUGUGGUCUUCUGCUUUACAUAGGGAUUCCAACUAGUGUUAUAAUCUACUCCUACUUAAGAAUCUUUACAACAGUUCGCCACCACAAUUGCAACUUUCAUCGCUCUGGCAAUCCAAUAAACACGGUAAACGUCGAAGAAGUUAAGGUGGCUCGCACCAUACUUGUUAUAGUGGUGUUUUUUAAUCUGUGCUGGAUUCCAAUCUUAACAAUUGACUUUUUGGACACGAUUUUUCGAAGAUGGAUCUUCCCUCGCGAGGCUUAUAUGGCAUAUACCUUUUUGGGGGCUAUAAGCAGCGCUUUGAAUCCCUUCAUUUACGGCGUCUUCAACAAGAGUUUUCGCAAGAAUUAUCUGAAUGUACUACGUUGCAGAUGCUGCCGUUCUCAAGCUGUCGUAGAACUAUUGGCUCUGCGAGUAAGAGCGAGUGUUGUCGCCAUUGGGCCAUUGCCUUAA